AUGUAUGCUGUGACUAUUAGUGAUGAGGGUGACUGUUACCGGUGUUUUCAGCCCGACCCGGGCAUUGGGACUGCUGCUAUAGGUGCUGGUGAGGCUGCUGCUCUAGGUGCUGGUGAGGUCGCUGCUCUAGGUGCUGGUGAGCCUGCUUCCUCAGGUGCUGGUGAGUCUGCUCUCUCAGGUACCGCGUCGGCUCCGGCCUCCCACACCUUCACUCUUGACUCGGGGGCUUCCCGCUCCUUCUUUCGCGACCGCACCACACUCACGCCGCUUAGUCGGCCGGUUGCAGUUGCUCUCGCAGACCCCUCUGGGGGUCCUGUCCUACCGUGUCCGGCGGGCCCCUUUGGCACCCUGCAUGGCCUCCCAUUACCUUGUCUCUGGUCUACCCCGGACCCUCCCUCCCCUUCCUUCGGGGCCAGCCCCUACCUGCGUUCCUUGCGUCGAGGGGCGGCAGCGCGCCGCUCCUCACUCCUCUCAUUUCCUCCGACAGAGGCUCCGCUGCAGACUCUUCACAUGGACGUGUGGGGCCCGCCCCGCGUCCGUGGACAGGGUCACGAGCGCUACUUCCUGCUGGUGGUUGACGACUACUCGCGUUACACCACAUUCUUCCCCUUGCGCAGCAAGGGUGAUGUCACUGAGGUGUUGACCGACAGGAUCCGCGCAGCUCGUCUCCAGCUCAGGAAGAGUUUCGGCUCGGACUUUAAUGUUCUGCGUCUGCACAACGACAGAGGCGAAGAGUUCUCCUCUGGCCUCCUUCGAGCCUACUGUCAUGCACGAGGCAUUCGCCAGUCCUUUACGCUUCCGGACUCUCCACAGCAGAAUGGGAUUGCUGAGCGCCGCAUUGGCAUGGUCAUGGACGUUGUCUGUACGUCCAUGGUGCAUGCGGCUGCCCCCCAUUUUCUGUGGCCGUUUGCGGUUCGGUACGCGGCGCAGCAGAUCAACCUUCAGCCUAAGGUCUCCAGGCCGGAGACCUCCCCAACUUUACUGUGGACGAGGAAGGUUGGCGAUGCGUCUGCGUUCCGUGUCUGGGAAUCUCGGGCGUUUGUCCGCGACUUGUCUGCGGACAAGCUGUCCCCUCGUGCUGCUCCCUGCGUCUUCCUUGGCUUCCCCCCUGACGCGCCGGGGUGGCAGUUCUACCACCCCACCUCGCGCCGUGUUCUGUCCUCCCAGGACGCCACGUUUGACGAGCCAGUUCCCCACUACCGUAUGUCCCAGGUAGAUGCAGUUGAGCCUGCUGAGGUAGCUGCUGACUCUGGUACUGCUGGGGGUACUGUGCCUGGGGGUGCUGACGCUGGGGGUUCUGAGCCUGGGGGUGCUACGAAUGGGGGUGCUGAGCCUUGGGGUGCUACGACUGGGGGUGCUGAGCCUGGGCGUACUACGACUGGGGGUGGUGAGCCUGGGGGUGCUACGCCUGGGGGUGCUGAGCCUGGGGGUGCGGAGCCUGAUGGUGCUGGGCCUGCUCGUAUGACGUCUGGCGGUACUGGGCCUGGAGGUUCUCCGGGUGCUUCGUCUCGGCGGGAGCUCCUCUCUCUACUGGAGCUGCGUGUGUGGUUUGCCUGGCGCUGGAGGCGUGCUGCUGGAGCUGGGGGUUCUCCUGCUGCUGAGUGUACUGGUACCACGGGUCCCGGAGGUGCUCGUACAGGGAGUACUGGAGCUGCUGGGCCUGCGGGUACUGCUGGAGCUGGGGCUACUGCGUCUCCUCGUGGUCCGGCUGGAGAUGGAGCUACUGAGGGUGUUGGCUAUGAGGCAUCUGCUGGUGUUUCUGGAGGUGGUCCUGUUGGUGGUGCUGUUGGUGCUGCUGGAGGCCUUGGAGCUGCUAGAGCCGCUGGGGGUACUGGAGCUGGAGGUGCUGUUGGCGCUGGUGCUACCACUGGGGGUGCUGGUGCUGUCCCUGCUGUUUCUGGAGUCGCUGCGUGGCCUCAGCCGUACUUCGUUCCGCUCCUUGAGCAGGUUCUUGGUCUCCCACCUUCCACUCGUCCUUCUCCUCCCUUAGAGUGUCCACGGCCUAUGUCCCUCCGUCCGUCCACUGCUCCUCUGCGUGCUCCUUUGCCUUUGCCUCCUGAGUCCUCUCUUCCUGUUCUUGCUGACCCCGAGUCGGACUCCCUUCGUGCUGCCAGUCCUACUUUCACGCGUCUCCUUGCUACUGUUGUCACUGGCCCUUCCUUAGAGUCCGCUUCUGCGUCUGCCUUGGUCACUAAGCUCGUCGACUUUGCUGCUCGCUGUCGUCUAGACUACGCUGCUAGUCUUGUUGCUGAGUCUGAGUCUGUCUGUCCUCCGUUCGUCGAGGGUGAGUGUGCCCUUGGCACGGACGUCCGUGAGAAUAGGGAGGAGGAGUUAGAGUGUUUGGCUGCUGCUUUGCCUCAUCUCGUGUCCACACUGGUUGCCCCUGAGGGAGACCCGGAUGCACCAGACAUCCCCACUUCUCGAUCGUACACUGUAGCGAUCGAGGGUCCCUACUCCUCUCGGUGGCAGUCAGCCAUGGACGCAGAGAUGGCUUCCUGGAAGUCCACAGGCACCUACGUCGACGAGGUUCCCCCUCCUGGGGCGAACAUCGUCAGUGGCAUGUGGAUUUUCAGGGUGAAGCGGCCGCCGGGUUCUCCGCCUGUCUUCAAGGCGCGUUACGUAGCUCGUAGCUUCAGUCAGCGGCAGGGAGUUGACUACUUUCAGACCUUCUCACCCACCCUGAAGAUGACCACUCUUUGGGUACUACUGCACAUAGCUGCUCAGCGUGACUAUGAGCUUCACUCUCUUGAAUUCAGCACAGCUUUCUUGCAUUGCAGCCUGCACGAGGAGAUCUUGCUACGCCGCCCACCUGGCUUCACUGGGUCGUUUCCUCCAGGUACCUAG